AUGACCAAGUUCGAUGAACUGAAACGAGAGGGGCAGGAGAAGAUGGGGAAACAGCAACCAUCCGCUAGCGAGGACGCUGACACUGAAGCGAAAAUGAAGUAUUGCAUGAGUUGGCAGAAACGAGACAGAAAAUUAAUCAGAGCUUUUAAAAAUUGCGCUGAUAUGUACAAAAGGGACGGCAGAAGAGAGAAUCUGCUGAUGCAUCUUGAUUUGAUUCAAAGGAACUCGGAUGGGCCAAUGCACAACGGAGCGCUUCAAUUGUAUCAGCAACUAUAUCGGAAAGAAGGUGGCAAAAAUAAAGAGGUAUCAGACGGUCAGAGAAAAAUGAUUCUUUCAAAAAAAGGAAUCUCAAAAAACUUUGAAGAACGCCUUCAUAUGUUUGCAAGUGUUGAACUAAAGGCUAUGAAACAAGCUUGCUUUACAAUCGAACGAAGACGAAAACAGAAAGAUGCGGCGGAAAAAGCAGCAUCUCAAGCACCUACCGAAGAACACGCUCGUAAAGCUGAAGUUGCUGCAAAAGAAUUCGAACUACAACUACAGUCCACAACUGGUAUGUUAGAAAAAAUCCCCGAAUACGACAAAUUGCACGAAGAAGCACUUACGCAGGGUUUACAGUACCUUGCCACAGCAUUUUAA